CUGCUCGUUAUGGCCGCAAACAUCGGCCGCGAUACUAAACCCACUCAGGUUGUAUUUUCAAGAACAAUCCCGCCUCAUCCCCGGUCCGCUCGACAGGGUCCUGCCAUUCUUAUCAUUAUGAUCUCUGAAGCCCAUGAUCUUCAAAGAAUUGCCCCUUUCACCACCUCAGGGAGCUCGGGGACGGCGAGGUCCGGGAGCCAAAACUCGUCCCUCCCCCUUGUCGGGAAGAUACCCACUUCCUUCCGGAGGAAUGGAUUUCCGCCGUUCUUCCACGCGGCUACGGAGCUUCUUUGCAGCACAAGCCUCUCCUGGCUUUCGACUAUCACACCUCACCCCCAUGCUUCGUGGAAGGUGCUUUACUUGUCCACGGCAAUUGCCAUGUGGCUCGCUUUCGGUCUUCCCGGGUCCUCAACUAAUUAUCCCCAAUUAUGGCGCGGGAUGUAA